AUGUUCAAUGCCUGCUGCUGUGCUGACUCUGGUCGGCAACUGUCGCAGCACGCCGGCGAAGUCGCCGACGAGGCAAGCGCGAGCCGGCGGUCCGCCCCUUUGACUUCGAUCAACGUGCGAAACGAUAGCUUCAAAAAUCAGAACGGCGAUGCCAAUGAUGAUGAGGCAAGCCGGGAGAAGUACCUCACCAGUAUGCGCAAAGACGAGGUGCGGGGUCUGCAUCCCGUCGUUGCUGAAGCGGCAGAUAUACUCGGGGGCCUUUCCGAUUGGCAGCGGAGUUGGUGCACGGAAGAGGUGGUUUCGAUAUACGAGCGUGGGCGCCCGGGAGAUGUGCCAGCAGCGGGGCAACUUCUGGCCAAGGCUUUGCGCUGGCGUCAGCAGCACGAGGACAUCCUCGUUGGCAGGCGACUGCCAAAGUGGGUUCAUGAUUGUCGGGUCCUGACUCACGGUGACGAAGGGCAUCCCUUAGUGUACGUGUGCAUGCGACAUCAAACCACUUUCUGCAAUUCCAACGACGUGGAACAUUUUGCAGUCGUCAUGGAGGCCGCAGUGAAGGAGAUGCCUCCCACUGCGCAGCAGGUUGACUGGAUCAUGGAUUUUCAUGGUGCCGACUUCCGGAAUCAUCUCGAUCCGAGGGUUAUGAUAUCGAUCGGGGAAAUGAUGCAACAACCUUAUCGAGAUCGACUGCGAUCUGUGAUUCUGGUGGAUUUUCCGUUCAUACUUCGGCCUAUGAUGAAUAUUGCUCUGCCCUUCCUGCCGGUGAAAACGCGAAACAAAGUGUAUCGUCUUUCUGCCGACGCCGCAGUUAACCAGAUCAAGGAGUUUCAAGGACACCGCGCAGCUCAGAUUGUCCAGCAGGUAGUGCGGGAGAAUCGCAACGACACUGGUCCUGGCGCUUUGCCUAAAUCCUUGCCAAGCGAGACCCACUUCUGGAAAAGUGUGAACGUCGGCACUGACCGUCUUGGAUCGCUGGCCGAGUCCGAAACCAAAGGAGAGCAGUCGCGUGUGUGGUGUGCCCGUCGAAGUCGCGAGCUUGGAUGA